AUGCGUCUCUCCAGCCUCUCGUUCAUCGUCCACGCUCUGCUGUUGACUGCUGUCGCAGCCCAGAGUGGUGGUGUCUCUGAUAUCCUAAAUCUCACCAGUGAGACCUCUUCGUCCAGCUCUGCUGAACCUACAUCGACGUCUUCAUCAUCGACCUCGACUUCCUCCACUUCCACUGAGCCCACUACUACCAGCGAGCCCACUACUUCUUCGACUUCCUCCACUUCCACCACCCCGUCAGCGGAACCUACCACUGCCGCUGACCCGACCACAUCGUCUUCUUCCUCUUCCUCUACUUCUUCAACCUCGUCCAACAAUGAAGCUGCCACUACCAGUGCUGGCAGCAGCACCACCGAGCCUCCCUCCACCACCCAGACUCCUGUCGUGAAGACCAUCACCUCGUACGAGACACGAAGCGGAUCCACCGUGGCCAACGUGAUGACCACCACUUCCACUCCCGUUUCCGAUGCCACCUCGCCUUCUCUCAACGGCGACAAGAGCUCCGGCUCUAGCGGUGUCUCUUCCUCCGACAAGAAGAUCAUCAUCGGUGUUGUGGUCGGUGUCGGUGGUGCCAUCCUGAUCGGUGCCCUCGGUCUCGUCUUCUGGAGAAUCCACAAGAAGCGCAACGAGCAGUUUGGCGACGAGGAUGAUCUGAUGGGCGGUACCGCCGUUGGCUCCGGACCUCGCGAGAAGGCUCCCAGCCCUGCCGGUAACACCCCCUUCAAGAACACACUGGACCAGUACCACAACCCUGGCCCUGUCAACGCGGCAUCCAACUUCUAA